GGUUCCGGCGCGCGCCCGGGGCGGCGGCGCGCGGCGGGGGGCGGUUAGGGUGCGCGCCGGCCGGAGUGGACGCCGCCGUGGCCGCCAUGCAGCUGACGGUGAAGGCGCUCCAGGGCCGCGAGUGCAGCCUGCAGGUGUCGGAGGACGAGCUGGUGUCCACGCUGAAACAUCUAGUGUCCGAGAAGCUGAACGUCCCCGUGCGCCAGCAGCGGCUGCUGUUCAAGGGCAAGGCCCUGGCAGAUGGGAAAAGACUCUCCGAUUACAGCAUUGGGCCCAAUUCCAAGCUCAACCUAGUGGUCAAACCUCUGGAGAAGGUGUUACUGGAAGAAAGCACCGCCCGGAGACUGGCCGAGGCCCCGCCCCCAACCCCGGCCGCCUGGCAGCUCAUCUCCAAAGUCUUGGCCCGCCACUUCAGUGCUGCAGAUGCCAGCAGAGUCCUGGACCAACUACAGAGGGAUUAUGAGAGGUCCCUGAGCCGCCUGACACUGGAUGACAUCGAACGCUUGGCUGGCCGCUUUCUACACCCCGAAGUGACAGCAGCUAUGGAGAAGGGGUUCUCCAACGUCUGCUUCAUCCCAGGCCUCCGCCUCAGGAUCAGAAGAUGGUUGCCUGCAGCCUCCACCAAAUCCCUCGAUCCCAGCCAGCAAGGAGCACCUUCACGCCCCAUAGUGUAGCUUCUUUCUCAGAUGCACCCAGCAAAUAAAUGCUGUCCUUUCACUGGUCAGAA